GUCUCACUCUCUCUCUCUCUCUCUCUCUCCCCCAAAUUUUAUCAGAUCCAAUUCUCGACUCACUCUCAUUCUCAACAUGGCUUUGUUGGUAGAGAAAACCACAAGCGGUCGUGAGUACAAGGUGAAGGACAUGUCUCAGGCCGACUUCGGUCGUCUCGAGAUCGAGCUGGCCGAAGUCGAGAUGCCUGGUCUCAUGUCCUGCAGAACUGAGUUCGGCCCUUCACAGCCCUUCAAGGGAGCCAGAAUCACCGGCUCUCUCCACAUGACCAUCCAAACCGCCGUCCUCAUCGAGACCCUGACGGCCCUCGGCGCCGAGGUCCGUUGGUGUUCAUGCAACAUCUUCUCGACCCAGGACCACGCCGCCGCCGCCAUAGCCCGUGACUCCGCCGCCGUGUUCGCCUGGAAAGGGGAGACCCUCCAGGAGUACUGGUGGUGCACCGAGCGUGCUCUCGACUGGGGUCCCGGUGGUGGGCCCGAUCUCAUAGUCGACGACGGUGGUGACGCCACUCUGCUCAUCCACGAGGGCGUUAAGGCCGAGGAGUUGUUUGAGAAGAAUGGGACCCUUCCGGACCCAGCUUCCACCGACAAUGCCGAGUUCCAGAUUGUGCUGACCAUUAUCAGAGAUGGGUUGAAGACAGAUCCCAAGAGGUACCACAAGAUGAAGCAAAGAUUGGUUGGUGUGUCUGAAGAGACAACCACUGGAGUUAAGAGGCUUUACCAGAUGCAGGCCAAUGGUACCCUCUUGUUCCCUGCUAUUAACGUUAACGACUCCGUCACCAAGAGCAAGUUUGAUAACUUGUAUGGAUGCCGCCACUCCCUCCCCGAUGGUUUGAUGAGGGCUACUGAUGUCAUGAUUGCUGGCAAGGUUGCUGUUGUUGCUGGAUAUGGUGAUGUUGGCAAGGGCUGUGCUGCUGCCAUGAAGCAAGCUGGUGCCCGUGUGAUUGUGACUGAGAUUGAUCCAAUUUGCGCUCUUCAGGCCCUUAUGGAAGGCCUCCAAGUUCUAACCCUUGAGGAUGUUGUAUCUGAGGCUGACAUCUUUGUAACCACCACCGGUAACAAGGACAUCAUCAUGGUCGACCACAUGAGGAAGAUGAAGAACAAUGCCAUUGUUUGCAACAUUGGUCACUUUGACAAUGAGAUUGACAUGCUCGGCCUUGAGAACUAUCCAGGUGUGAAGCGCAUCACCAUCAAGCCCCAAACAGACAGGUGGGUCUUCCCUGAUACAAACUCAGGCAUCAUUGUGUUGGCCGAGGGUCGGCUUAUGAACUUGGGUUGUGCCACAGGGCACCCAAGUUUCGUGAUGUCUUGCUCAUUCACAAACCAGGUGAUUGCACAGCUUGAGCUGUGGAAGGAGAGGACUACCGGGAAAUAUGAGAAGAAGGUCUAUGUCUUGCCAAAGCAUCUUGAUGAGAAGGUUGCUGCACUUCACCUUGGCAAACUUGGGGCUAGGCUCACCAAGCUCAGCAAGGACCAGGCUGACUACAUUAGUGUCCCUGUGGAGGGUCCAUACAAGCCUGCUCACUACAGGUACUGAGAAGAGUCAAGAAAACAAGGCAUAUCGAGAAAACCAAGAUAUAUUAUAUAUUUGGAUCGGCUUGAUGGUUUCUUUUACAAAUUUAUGACUUUUAUUAGGAUGUUAGGUUUUGAAUUUUUUUUUGGUAGGGGCUUUUUGUGUUUGGUGGUGGAUGUUAUGGAGGAAAGAAAAUGGUUGGUCUCUGUUGAAAGAAGACCAAUUUGGGUUUCAAUAAGGGUUGGAUGGGGUUGUGUGGGAAUAUAUAAUGCUGUUGAGUUUUUGUUGCGUUUGUUAUUAAAACCUAAAAAAAAGGACUGCUAUUUCCUUA